UCGCCUUGGCCUUUUCUCUUGGCGUUCGAGGAGAAAUUACUCAGGCUUACUCUCGACGACCCCCCAAAAACGAGGGGCUCAGUUCGACUCGAAUGUUCAAGCAUCGUUAUUACGUCGUUUGACUUUGGAGACUCAAGAACAAUUGCAGCCCACGUUUUCUCAGCGUAGGCCCGAUCACAACCCCAUCUCAUAAAAAGACGGCCUCCGUUGUUUCUCCCGUUCUUCGGAGUCACCUAUUCACGUUUGGUGCCGGACUAGUAGCGCGUUUCCCAUUGUAUACCGUGUCUACCCACAGAUCUGGGCGGUAUCGUGGGCGGCACCAGUCAAAUUAUGGGCGGUGAUGCUGUUGUUGUUGUAACUGUUUGUUGUGGGUUUUGACCUGACCACGGUGCUUCAAUACCAUAUCCGAUCGAUUUGAAAGUGCUUCGCGGGAUCGGGCAAAGGGGAAAUUGCAAUUUCUCAGCGAUUUCCUGUCAAUAAAUCUCGUUUCCUCUCAAGAAGAACUUAAAGAAAGGUGCUUCGUGUGGCUAUAAGACCGGGCCACGAACCAGGGUGGGCCGUCUUUCUAACUACUAGACCUAUUCCUCGACAGAUACGCACUCAAACGUGAACAGUGUUAUCCGUGUUAUCCGUGUUAUCCAUGAAAUUUGGACAGAGAGAAGAAAUGCCCGCUUUUCCCACCACUCUGUGAUUUAUGACGGAAUUCAAGAACCAUCCCGAGAGCCGAGACCCGACACCCGCCGAGACCCGAGUCGAGAGGUGUGAGCCCAUGAAGUCCUAGAUAAACUCACCAAUCACUUGAGGGUUUGACUAGUUUUUGCCCCGGAAUAAUGGCCUCCCCAUCCACGACGAUCGAUUCAGCGCUAAUGGAGAAACAGGGUGCUCCCAUCAAUGGGAGUGCCACCACGAGCACCCUGGCGCCCCCCUUGUCAGUCGUAAAUUGUUCCAUUUUCGAGCCCAUUCCUUAUUGCGAUACUUGGGAUGCGUUCUUGGACAAAUACUCAUUGGCCACGGAAGGCAUUGGCUUGUUCAUUGUGGCCAUUAUUGGCAUCUUGGCCAACUCUCUCUCCAUUACCAUCUUGGCCCAACGAACGAUGAAGACUCAGAUCUCCGCGUUGCUCAUCACGUUGGCCGUGUUUGAUAUCAUGUUCCUGUUUUGUACAUUUCCUGUCUUCACUGUCAAUUCGGCCAACAAGUUCGUUGGGUACUUAAACCAAUGCAUUUAUCCUGAAGAAGACCCGUGGUCCCUGCUCACCCCCGGAAUGGCCUAUGUUUACAAAGUGUCGUUGCCGUUCCUCUACGGAUUUGUCCACGUCUCCAAAGUGGGGUCGGUGUUUACCACGUUGGCCGUGAGCUUGGAGCGAUAUUUUGCCGUGUGCAAACCUUUGUGGAUUCGGAUUCGUCGUUGUCAUCCCGCCAAUUACAUCGUCAUUGUCACUUUGUUUGCAUUUGGAUUCAAUAUCACCAAAUUUAUGGAGUUUGAGACCCAAACGGAUAACGGCGUUACGGACAUUUACCCGACCUCGAUCCGAACCAAUAUGAACUACAUCGUGUAUUACAACUUUUGGACCAAGACUCUCGUGUCCGAGUUGUUCCCGUUUGUGGCGCUCUUGUACUUGAACGCUUGCAUUUUCCGCGAUAUUCGUCGGAGCGUCAAAAUCCAGAAGAAUCUCCGAUGCACUCAAUCGCAGAAAGAGGAAAUCAAAUCGGCCAAUGUGGUGGUGGGUGUGGUGGCGUUGGCCAUAUUUUGUCACUCCUGGAAGAUUCCUCCCGAUUUGUACGAGGCCUACAUCAAGCUCAAAGGCGAAUCAGCUGACGAUCCGGAAUGUCCCGAGGUAGGCGGACAUACGACAACGAAUGUCAUUAUCGAGAUGUUCAUCGACACGGGCCAUCUCCUGGUGGGCGUGAACAGUGCUUCCAAUUUCUUCAUCUACCUUAUUCUCCGGAAGAACUUCCGUGCCGCCACGAAACGCUUUCUCACGUGCCAACCGGCCCCCGUGGCGAGCAACCAUUUCCGUCAUCCCACUGUCAUCACUCGAUCCACGAACAUCAGCGACAACGGACUCAAUCACUCACCGGUAACUGAUGAUGAGCUUUGUUCCGAGGAGGAAAAUGGCGGACGAGAGAUUAUUGAAAUGAAGAAAAUGAAGAACAGGAGGAAAGCAGGAGUUGGAGGCUCGGGAGUUGGAGGCUCAGGAGGCCGAGCCUCAGGAGGCCCGAUGCUCUCGCAUUCCAAUAACAAAAGCACUUACAGCAACUCUACGACCACGCCCAUGUCAUACAACUCCCAUCGUCUCCACGCCCCAAGCUUAAAACACAAUAAUCGUGCGGGUUCUAUGCGCGCCCAAAAUUCCCAGAUGCUCAACGCAGAGUCAGCUGUUUUGCUCAAUCAUCAAGGCGCCAGUGUGACCAUGAGCAAUCAGGGGAAAUUUGCCAAACAUGGAGAUUCCGAGCUUUACCAGUGAUCAAAGGAUUGUAUGAGUGUAGGAUAGUUCUUCGAAUAAGUGUGAAACCUAGAAGAGGAAAAAAGUGGAACACCCCAGCAUCAACCGAUUAUGGCAUAUGAUGAUCCUUCAUGUGAAUACACCCUCUUCCCCUCAUCCGUAAAUGCAGUAACAUUCAACCGUAUUUUGUACCACUGUAUUCAUUCUCUGUUGUAACUGUACUAUUUUUGAUAAUAAAAAGUCACCCUGUAA